AUAAAAUACUUUUUUUAAUAUAUGAAAUCACUUGCCUUGACCAAAUAGUUGCGCUAACUGCUGUUUGUCAUAUUUAACCAAUCUAAGUGCGGUCACACUAAUUCAUAUGUAAACAUCGAAAUGGUUGGCGUUGACCAUAAAAAUGCGCCACUUGUUGUGGACAUUGACGCACAUACGUUGACGGAAUAUGUACCAGCUAAGCCAUUGGAAAGCAAUCUCGAAGUGGUCUUUGGCUCCGCAGAGCAGGGUUCACUCAGAGCACGAUUUGAGCCAUGUGCUCAGCUGAAUUGCGGGAAUACCUUGAAAUUUCCCUUUGCACGUGGUGCUUACAAGCCUACAGCAGUGACCAUAAUUGAUGCCCAAGUGCUUGUGGUCGCUGAUGCAGCUACGGAGACGAAGCGUGUUGUGGAGCUUACGCUAGACACAGCAGCCCUUGGUGAAUUGGACUAUGCGCCCGGCGACACAGUGGCCAUAUUACCUAGCAACGCACCACAGAUUGUGGCGCAGCUAUUGCAGCGCCUGGAUUUGAGCGAGCAGGCGGACAGCGUAUGCCAUUUAAGCCUUGCCUUGAACUGCGCCAAGAAGAGUGCCAAAGUUCCCGGCCACAUACCAGCAACAACGACGCCACGCGAGUUACUAACACAUUGUCUGUCGCUGCACGCAGUUCCACAAAAACAGUUCCUUAGCGCUUUAGCGAGCUGCACCAGCGAUUCGAAAGAACGCUCUUUUCUGGCUACUCUGUCCUCCAAGCAGGGCGCCGCACACUAUCAGACACUCAUUUUGGAGCGUGGCUUAUGCUUGUUUGAUCUGUUGGAGCUAUGCACCACCUGCCAGCCAACGCUGGCCUUACUGGUCGAGCAUUUGCCACGCCUGCUGCCACGCCCGUAUUCCAUAGCCAACAGUCCAUUGGAAUGCUCGCAGCAGCUGCGCAUCAUUUACUCUAUACGCGCGAAUAAGGCGGGCGUCACGACCAGCAUGCUGGAGGCCAAGCGUGAAUUGUAUCGGGAGAACCAGCAACCAGUCCAACUAUACAUUUAUCCACGCGAACAGAAUGCAUUCCGUUACACGGACCAGGAGCUGAGUGGCAAUCAAAUACUCAUAGCUGUGGGCACGGGCUUGGCUCCUUUUCUAGGCUUUCUGGCGCACAAGCAGUUGCAUAAGGAGCUAGCGACAGGUCAAACAUGGCUGUAUGUGGGCGCCAAGACGCCGCAGGCCCUGCUAAAGCAGCAGCAACUGCUUGCCUGGCAGAAAGCCUCAAUCCUACAGAGUCUACGGCUGUGCUAUUCCCGACACUCCACAGGAGAGCAGCCAAAAUAUGUGCAGCAAUUGCUGGAACAGGAUGCCCAGCAACUUGUGGAACUGAUGCAGCAGCCCACAACUGUUUUAUAUGUGUGCGCCGACGGUGCCAAGAUUUCCAAGUGCAUCGAAGACGGUCUGCGACGCUGCCUGCAGCUUGGCUUAAAGCUGGACGAGACGGAGGCCACACAGUGGCUCAAGGAGAUGCGGGCGAAGGGCAAAUAUCGCGAGGAUAUCUGGUUAUAAUAUAAGUAAGAUCUAUAUUUAACAUGCAUUUUAAUCCAAAUGGUAAAUGCAAAGAAAUAAAUAUGAUGCUCGCAGGCGAAUGCAAAAUUUAAAGAAUCUUGGUGCUUCGGGCGAUUGGUUUGGAUUGCAUUAUUAAAAGGGGGUUUAACAGAUACCUAAUAUACAUAUCUUUAAAGUAAUUGGUAAUUUUUAAAACGCAUACAAAAUUAUGCUUCGGGCCAAAAUCGCUUCACUUACCUAAGAAAACUGGACGUCUUAAUGAUCAGUUUGAUAGUAAAAAGCGCCAGUUAAAAGCAAUUAGAGAUCAAAAUGCUUUGGUCGAAUAAGUAAAUAACGAUAUAUUUAACAACACAAAAUAAAAAUUACAGUGCAAACUAAAAUAAUACAUACAAGUUGUGCGUAUAAAAUUGUAAAUAAUCGUACGCUCAAACGACGGUGUGUGUAUGGGUGUGUGUAGAUUAAAAC